UUCGUGCUCUGUUUUGUGAUAAGUCUACGCUCUUCGUGAGAAUGUGAGACAUGCUUUACCUUUAUCGUGUCAUAUUAGUCUGGAAAUAAUAGCAGUGUUUAUGAAAUGGAAGCUUUUGCCUGGAAGAACUUCUUUAAAGGUGUUGUGAUUAUUUAAUUUGCUUCAAAAAUCUGCCCACCCCUCACUCUUUCGGAUUGCUUGAGAUUCAACGCAGACCAAUAGACCAGCAGUUGAUUAUUCGUUACCUCACUGUGCUUUAUUAUCAGUGUCUCAGUUCAUUGAAUGAAAGUUUACUUUCAAUCAUAUAAGGAUCUAAUUUAGAAUGCUCAUAAUCUAACACUCCAUUGAGAGCUGACAGAGUGCAUAUCUUCUCUGCGGUGCAAUCGCAUAAAAUACCAAAAUGUUUUCAGGCAGUGCAGACAAGAAAGAAGAACCGUUUCAUCGCUCCAAACUUGCUGGAGGACCUCACGGACUAGGUGAUCCAGAUGAUCGAACUCUCAGAAAAGUUGAAUCAGAGGUACUUGUUAAAGAGCGGAUGCGAGUAAAAGCCAGGAAGGAAUUGUGUGAGCCUUUCAACUUAGCUUUUGCAAAUUGUGCCAAAGAGCAUGGUCUUUUCAUGCCUUUCAGUUGCCAAGAACAAGGUCAAAAUUUGAAGAACUGCAUUAGAAAAUAUUUUGAAGACCCAGAAUUCGAAAAGAAGAUGCAGGAAGAGUAUUUGGAGGAAAGAGCGGAGUAUAGACGAACUGGUAUUUCUAAGAAAAAGAGAGAAAGAAUGGAAGCAUUAAGCCAACUAAAUGCGCAGGCCAAUCAGCAACAGUCAAAAUAAUCUCUUUCUGAUGAUGAAUAGUUCACAAUCUCAAAAAAUAUUGUGUCUAAGAUUUACGUGAGAAGGUUAUGUUAAAGAUUUUGUUGGUUUUUUUUUGUAAUUAUUUUGUUGUUAGUAAAUAGCUUUUCUUAUUAAAUUAAUAUUUUUAAAGUAA